AUGCUUCCGCCCACUCUCUGCCCCCCCGGUUACAACUUGAACCUCGGGGAUCCCGAGAGAGAUCAGAGCCCCGCUGAGUACUCUUCUGGUCUCGACUCAGAUAACGAUGCUCUCACCGUCAAUGGCUCCAGUGGCUCGCGAGCGCUGAAACGGAAGCGUCCCCUCACUGUCUCGUGCGAACUCUGCAAGCAAAGAAAAGUUAAAUGCGAUCGAGUACAGCCCAGUUGUGGCUGGUGCACUCGCAAUGGCCAUCUUUGCCAGUACAAAGAGCGCAAGAAGCCAGGCCUGAGAGCUGGAUAUGGAAAGGAAUUAGAGCAGCGUCUUGAUCGACUGGAAGAUAUCAUUCAAUCUCAAGCUCGCCUUAUCGAGAUGCAUAUCCUGCAGAAUCAACCAACUUUGCGUCAUGAUAUGCGACAUGCCGGAUCAAUUGCAUACAGCUCGCCCUCGGAGCCCUCAGCCGUGCACGGCCCAAGCCCUCGAGGCGCCCUCUAUUUCAACGAUCCCAAUUCGUCGGUAGCGCUACCAUCUCGUCACGCCGAGGUAUCCAUCACGACGCCUUCGGAUUCAUCGGUUAAGAAUCUGGUGUCCAACAGUAUACAUAAUGGUGGGUCAGCGUCGGCGAUAAAUGCAUUGCCACCAGCACCCAAUGCGCAUAGCAACGACUACACUGGAAACGAGUCAUCUUUGGAAGUCCCGGUCAGCCUUUUCGCCAACCAAGAACAGUCUCUCACGGAUCCUGAUCUUGAUCUGCCUCCAUACGAUCUGCUCUACGCAUUAGUGGAUCUUUACUUCGACCAUAUCAAUUCUUGGUGCCCCAUUCUCCAUCGACGAUCAACGCUGGACACCUUCUUUGGUCCAUCCCCGCUUGAAGAAGACGAUCGCAUGGUCUUGUAUUCCAUUGUGGCAACAACCCUACGGUUUUCAACAGACGCCAGAUUGAAUGGACAAAAUCGAAAGCGUUACCAUGACUCCUCGAAGCAAAAGGUCUUGCUUUAUGGACUAGAAAAUUCGUCCGUUAAAGCUCUCCAAGCGCUAGUAAUCUUAGCAUUGGAUCUGGUCGGCUCAUCCAAUGGCCCUCCUGGAUGGAAGCUGCUUGCUUUGAUCACGAGGUCUGUAGUCCAACUCGGACUAGCAGUUGAAUCAAAGUCCUCUCUCAUUGCUCCUGUAUAUCCAUCGAUCUAUACUCUACGCGCCGUUACCUUGUCCGAGCCAGAUUCAUGGAUCGAAGACGAGAGUAGACGCCGCUUGUUUUGGAUGGUAUAUCUUUUAGACCGAUAUUCGACAAUUGCGACGGCAUUUGAUUUCGCCUUGGAUGACAAAGACAUCGACCGCAAACUCCCUUGCAAAGAUGAGUUCUUUAUGAAGAAUCAGCCGGUAGAGACAAGACGCUUCCACUGCUCUAGUGACCGAACCGACUAUCUCAGUCAUGCGGAUAAUGUUGGAUCGUUUGGUCUAUAUAUCGAGAUCUUGGGCAUACUUUCCCGUGUUCACGUAUUCUUAAAGAGGCCCGUAGAUAUUGGGUCUCUAGCCGAUGUCGAAGAAUGGCAGGCAACCUAUCGAAAACUCGACAGUGAGCUCACCUCCUGGGAAUUCAACUUACCCGCCGAGUAUGCAUAUGAGAACUCCUCCCGGCUUUUCAGCGGGUCAAAGCAAGGUCGGACUUUACACAGUGAUUGGGUCCAACUUCAUGCAACCUACCAAACUGCCGUAAUCCGCCUACACUCAUCCGCCGCAUAUCCAACAACUAGAUCCCCGAUAUUCACACCGUCAUACAGCGCAAGCCAGCGAUGCCUCCUCGCAGUCGACAACAUCCUCUCAGUAACCCGCUUCGUCGUCGAAAACAACCUCCUUGACAAACUAGGACCCCCUUUUGCCUUCACCCUCUGGGUCUCAGCCCGUCUCCUCCUCGUCCACGGCUCCACAAUCGCCCACACAGUCAGCGCAGACAUAAUCUUCUUCGUCGACACACUCGCCCACAUGGGCCAACACUGGAAAGUAGCCGAACGCUACAGCAAUAUCCUCCAACGCGUCCUAGACGAAUACGGCGAGUACCAACAAUCCGCCGCCCUCGACGCCGAAAGAUCCACACCAUCAACAGUAAAGAUCCUAGCUGAUAUGCGUCGCUGCGCAUUCGACCUGGACUUCUUAAUCUCCCGUCAACCCCGCGAAUCACCCUCCACGGCAAGUAUCGGCGGCAACGAUCCAACACGCUCCUCUACCUCCGGCCUGGCCCCGCGAAACCUCGCACCGAAUGAGUUGGAAUACCUGGAUGUAUUCGGAUUUUUCAACGUCCCUCGCGUCCCACCGACACGAGCCCCAGAUCCAGCGGCUGCAGCUGUACAGCAGCUGGAAAUGACCGAGUCUAUACAAAAUCCCAUGUCCAUUCAUGGCUUGACAAGUACGACCCCGGUCGUUGAUGGACAUGCCCCCGUCAACACGAAUGAGUUCAAUAUCACAAAUUAUCUCAUCCCGACGCCGGAAACGGAUUGGCUAUUCAGGCCAAAUGGUUGA